AUGCCCGAGACUUCGCAGCCAUUUUUAGCCGGCCACGGAAGCAGCCCGGUCGUCGGGCUAGUCAUUCGAUCACCACUCUUCAAGGCUCCACUCACUCCACUCUUUGCUACUGCCUUCCCUCUGAGACGCCAGCUCACUCCUGCAGCUUCCAGCACUCCUGCAGCCUCCAGCUCACUCCUUCAGCUUCCAGCACUCCUGCAGCUUCCAGCAGUCUCCAGCUCACUCCUACCGCUUCCAGCUCACUCCUGCAGCUUCCAGCACUCCUACCGCUUCCAGUUCCUGCAACUUCUCCUGCAGCUUCCAGCACUCCUGCAGUUUGACAUCCCGCUACCUAUUCCAGCACCCGCUGACGAUCUAAUCCAGUGCCCACGGACGUCCAGCGCCCUUAAUUUUUGCAAUUAUCUUUUCUGCAUUUUCUCCUUUCUUCCUUCCUUUCGUUAUUUUCUUAUUUUUUCUUCUUCGUUUGAAACCAUUUGUCUUUCGUUCGUACCUCCUUUCUUGAGAUUGCUUAAAUAA